GCGCCCCUGUACCGCCUCCUCAUGCUGCUGCCAGGUCAGAGUGUGUCAUGGGCCCCCGUACCGACUCCUCAUGCUGCUGCCAGGCCCGUAAUCUGUCAUGGGCCCCUGUACCGCCUCCUCAUGCUGCUGCCAGGUCCAGAGUGUGUCAUGGGUCCCUGUACGGCCUCCCAUUGCUGCUGCCAGGCCCGUAAUCUGCCAUGGCCCCCAUACCAACUCCUCAUGCUGCUGCCAGGCCCGUAAUCUGUCAUGGGGCCCCUGUACCCAACCCCCCCGCCUCCUCAUGCUGCUUCCAGGUCCUGAGUGUGUCUCCUCACACUGCUGGUGGUUUCCAUAUAUGGUUACAUAUGGGAUGCUGUUUGUGCCUCUCCAUUCGACGGCACUCAUCUGCAUUUCAUACUGACUGUCAGUAUUAUUUCUCUUCCCCAGCAGACUCCAAGGGCAUUUAAAUUAAAGGUACAGUGUUCUGCACUAAUAUAA